UGCAUUUCAAUUCAUGUCUUCUUAAAAUUUCGAUAUAAUUCAUUAUAAAUUAUGGUAUACAAACAGAAGAUGAACGGUGAUACAGUUGUACUAACUCGGGGUCGUUGUAGUUUCGCAGGGGGUCCAGCGGACAGGAAGAUGAAGUUCGCGGCGGUGUGCACUGCGUUCCAGCUGCUGGCCCUGUGUUACAGCCACAAGGAUCACAGCUCCGAGCACCAUGUCGGCUCCCAGAAGCAUGAAGAAAUUAAGAAGCUCAGUCCAAACGAACAGAAGAAGAAGCUGGUGGAGAUUGUGAAGAAGAUAGACAUAGAUUCAGACAAACAGUUGUCUGCAGAGGAGAUCACCCAGUGGAUACAGCUGGUCUACAGACAGUACGCAUUGGAAGAUGCAGAGGAGAGAUUUCCGAAAUUCGAUACAAACAAAGACGGAGUCAUAUCAUGGGGCGAAUAUAACAUGUUUGUGCACGAGCAUCCCUUCGAUGAUGAAGAACAGAAAGCUGUUGAAGGCCCAGAAGAGGAGUCUCUCAGAUUUCUACAUUUAAAGGAGAAAAGGCGCUUCGAGUUUGCCGAUGCCGAUGGGAUACCUGGGCUGAAUCUCACUGAAUUCCUUGCGUUUACACAUCCGUCUGAAGUAGAUCACAUGGCUGAUUAUACUAUUGAAGAUGUGCUGUAUGAGUAUGACAAGAACAAAGAUGGCUUAAUUAGUCUUCAAGAAUUUCUUGGCGAUAUUAGAACAAAUGCUGACGAUAAGCCGUCGCAGUGGGAGAUUGAUGAAACCAUUCGGUUUAAGGACCUGUAUGACCAGGACAAGGAUGGCCAACUGAACCGUGAGGAGCAGCUUCGAUGGGUUACUCCAAACAGUUAUGCUUCUGCAAGAGAAGAGGCCAUACAUCUGAUCAAGGAAAUGGAUCAAAAUAGUGAUGGGAUGCUGUCAGAGACCGAGAUCCUGAGUAAUCAGGAGACAUUCAUGAACAGUGAAGUCACGGACUAUGGAAGACAGCUCCAUGUGUCUCAUGAUGAACUAUAACACUACACGUCUACUUUGAUUAAAAUAAAAAAAAAUAACGACAAUUUCUACAAAUCUUAGUUGUUUUCACUAACUGGACAGUCCUACCACUGCAUUCUGAGUGAAUUAUUCAGAAAGGAAAGUGAAAAUCUGAUUUUGGGGUAAACCUCUUUCGUUCUGUUUUGGCACAUGAAUUUAUCAAAAAAGCAUUGAAUUGCAUAGAUUUACAUAUGAAUAUGGUUAAGAAGCAGGUCCUCAAA